AUGAGGAGCCGAGUGAGGGCAGCGGGCUGGGGGAACCUCUCUGAGCGCCGCAGGCCGGCGCGUCGAAGCUCAAUAUGGCAAGCUUCAGAAAGACCUGUUUAUUUUGUAUUUCAUUUACAGUCCUGGACGGUUGUCCCUGAUUUUACACAUCAUGCCCACUCUGCCUCAUUGUCAGCGGUAGCAGUGAACAACAGAUACGUGGUCACUGGGAGCAGAGAUGAGACGAUCCAAAUCUAUGACAUGAAAAAGAAGAUAGAACAUGGGGCACUGCUGCAGCACAAUGGCACAAUAACUUGUUUGGAGUUCUAUGGUACUGCACAUCUACUGAGUGGGGCUGAAGAUGGACUAAUUUGUAUCUGGAACACAAAGAGAUGGGAAUGCCUGAAAUCUAUUAAGGCACAUAAGGGGCAGGUGACAUCUCUUUCUAUUCAUCCUUCUGGGAAACUGGCUUUGUCAGUAGGAACAGAUAAAACAUUAAGAACUUGGAAUCUUGUAGAAGGACGGUCAGCCUUUAUCAAGAACCUGAAGCAAAAUGCCCACAUAAUUAAAUGGUCCCCUGAUGGAGAGAGGUAUGUGACCGUGAUAACAAAUAAAGUGGAUAUCUACAAACUUGACACAGCUUCAAUCACUGGCACUAUCACAACAGAGAAGAGAAUUUCUUCACUUAGAUUUAUUACAGAUUCUAUCCUUGCCAUAGCUGGAGAUGAUGAAAUUAUAAGGUUCUACAGCUGUGAAUCACAAAAAUGCCUGUGUGAAUUUAAAGCUCAUGAAAACAGAAUAAAAGAUAUCUAUAGUUUUGAAAGAGAAGGACAACAUGUUAUUGUUACUGCAUCCAGUGAUGGUUACAUUAAAAUGUGGAAUCUGGAUCUUAAUAAGAUUAAAGAUGUGCCAUCUCUACUGUGUGAAGUCAGUACCAAAGCUCGGCUGACAUGUCUUGCAGUAUGGCUUGACCAAGCUUCAGAAAUGAAAGAAAAUUCUGAGAAAGCUGCAACGUCAUCUCAAGCAAAUGAAGAUGAAAAAUUGUCAAUAGUCAAGAAAAAAAAAGGUUGUUUGACUGAUAAAAGUGACAAAACAUCAGAAAGAAAGAGAAAAAUUACUCCAAAGAAGCAAAAAUUGGAAGCUCCACUGCAAAAGAAGAAAAAGAAAAGGAAUAGCUCAGCAUGAAGGCAGCUACUUUCUCUCCUGAAGAAAAAGUAAAUGCUAGCGUUGCUGUAGUUUUUAUGAGGAUGGGAACCUCUGACAGGACAUACACCUUUAAAGUGAUCUGUUGUUUAAAAGUAAUGAAUGCUUUUACCCUAAUAAAUUGACUGAUCAUUCUGGGAAGUAGCAAAAGAGAUGGCAACUUUUCCUAAGUGAUCAAGACAAAAAUAAAUUCAUAAUAUUUAUAUUUUUCUAUUAACAAUAGCAUACGCUUCUUAACUGGCUCUGAAAAAGCCAGCUAAAAUGAUAAAAAUAGCUGCAUCUGUCUCCGUUACAUUUUUGUCUCACUGAAAUGCACAUUAAAAAUACAUACAUUUUUUUAAUUUAGUGUUGGAAAAGUUACUGUUCAUUUGACUCAAAAUAUGAUCUGCUUUUGUCAUGCAUUACUUUUCCUACUGUAAGAAGGAACAUGUUAAAAUUACUGAAAGAGGGAUGAUCAUAUUCCAUUCAUAAUCACAGAAAAUCAUACCGUGUAGAUCUUGACAUGGACCUAUACAUAGUUUAUAAGCAAAAUGUUUGCUUUUUUUACUGUGUCCGUACUUCAUGCAUUUAAUUUUUUUUAAAGUCUUUGCACCAAUGGUUCACAUGAUUGAAAUAUUUUGUUCAGAAUACAAUACAUAUUCUUGGUGGAAGAGUUUGCACCAAUAAAGUUUUACCUUCUCUUCCCCCUUCCCACAGCAUUUUUCCAAGUCCUUGAUCUGAGCUUUGUUUAAAAAAAAAAAUUAUCUAACAUUUGGAAUGUUUGGCAUUUUAUCAGCAUGAAACUCAUCUGUUUUGCACUUAAACAGAAAAUGAAUUCCUGAUCUCAAUCACUGGGAACAGGAUUUUAUUCUAAGUGUUAUUACAAAUAGUGGGAAAAACAAAGUUGAGCUGGAGAGAACAAGGCCAAAUAGCUGUACUAAACGUUCUCUUUAUUUCUUUUAAAGACAUUUUAAUGUUGUUUUCUGCACUACCAGAGUAGUCAUUAUUUAUUCAUUUUCAAGAGAGUAAUUGGAAUUUCUCUUUAUUCUGAUUCCCUUUAGUAAUAACCUGUUCCCCCUUAUUUGUUUAGCAAGAGGAGAGGUAGAGAAUAUCAGAAAAAAGAUUGAGCCAAAUCUGGAGACAGGAAUGCAGGCUGUCUUAGGGAUGUAAAAUAGGAUAUAACUCCAGCUUACGUCUUGUGUAUGCUGACACUGAAACGGUGCACAUCAUCGGUGCUGUUCUAAGAUUGUUCAUGUGGCAAUGGCAGCAUUCUCUUAGAGAUGGGUGUCUGCGUUUAUAUUCUGUAACUGUUUCCCUUAUUUAGAUUACUUAGAUAAAUGAUCACAACCCCUUGUCUGAAUAUUCAGUCCAGUUGAUUUAUAUGAGCUCAGUUUAUUCAACAUUAAAGGAUUUUCAAUUAUACUUUAGUUUGAACUUACACAGCUUUUAACUUUAAUAAUACCUUGAACGCGUGUGUACACAAAUGUUGGCAAAUAAUGUAGGACUUAGAAUGGUUUGUAGACUUAGCAGGAAAGGUACCAAAUCAGAUUUUUAAUUGAUAACAAGUCCUAUAGUAAAUAUGGGACUUACAGAGUAUAAGCUUAAGCAAGAAUUGUGUAAAGUGUUUUAACUUGUAAAGUGUUACGUCUGUUUUAUAAUGCUUAUCUUAUGUCUGUUCUUGACAAAAUAGCUGUCAGUACUAAGACAGUUUUUAAUGUUUGAAUUUUUAAAUACCUGAGCUCAUGGCCGUGGCUGUCACAAUUACAGAAGCCAGCUUUUAUGAGUAGCAGGAUAAAUCCAGUUUGAAUAUAAUUUUAAGAAUUAAAAAGCAAACAUUCCACAGAAUUUUGGUUCCAAUGUUUAGACUUACUAGUAAGUAGUAUACAUUUGUAAAAAUCCAACCCCCAUGUAGUAACAAAGAAUUAUAUGUCUCAUGAGACAUGAAACCAUUUGUGAACUAGAGACUGAGAAGACAAGCCCUAACAGCUUUUAAAGCGAAAUACAGUAACAGUCCUGAGAGAAGUAAUUUUCUAUACAUUGAGUGAACGCUCACCUACCAACCAGUACUUGGCAAUUUUUUGUUAUUAUUUCCUUGUGCACAUCUUCCUUUCCAGAACAUUUUCCAUCCCAGUUUUCAGGGAAUUGCUUAGAACGAUAGAGGGGAGACAGCAGUGCAGAGCAAGAGGAGGUGUUAGUGGUGAGAAAGUUCUUCCUGUGUCAGGAAGGGUGAGUGUGUGUGAUGCUGGUAGAGUAGAUGGAGCCCACGGCUGCAAGGAACAACAGCCUAGCGAACAGCAUCUUCAGCUGAGCCCCAGGUGAGCUCAGCAGCUCUAGCAGCUGUGGAUUUCAUCCAGUUUUUCUCCUUCCUCUCUUGGGGAACCCCAGUGCUGAAUUACAAAGCACAGCCCAGAGGAACUCGAACCUCACAGCCAUUACACAGCUGGAACAGAACAGGGAAUCCCAUCUGUGCUGGUUGUGGCACUUCUCGGGGAGAUGGGAGAUCUCUAAGCCACUUAAGCCGACAAGGGAGUUGAACUACUCUCCACUUUCUGACCAUUAGGCUAAUUCAUAAAGAUGGGAAAACUUGAAAUGCAGCUAGAGAAAGCUGUGUUUUGCAAAAAGUACAGGCCUCAUGUUUUGUGCCUUCUGACGAAAAGGAACCAAAGGCUCUCAGUUUUGGGACCUGGCUGGAGGAAUGCUCACUCUUCCUAUGUGCUUAAACGUCCAUGGGAAGUAAGCGCAUAGCCAACUGGAAUAACUUAUGCACUAUUUACAUGAAGAAAGCUAGUUUCAGCACUUGCAAAAAAGAAAAAGCUUGUAGACAGAAACAUCUACAUUUUUUUCCAGAUAAAAAAAUGCAAAGGUAUUUUCCAUCUCCCACUGUUGGGUAACUCCUACAGCAGAAGGCUCCUUUUUCUGUUGCACUAGCUGUGCUUGUAAUUUUACAAAUAAAGAAAUCCUCUACAUCUUCCAUAAACCCGAAAUUACUGACAAAAGCUGGAAGCGGCCUGUGGGCUGCCUAGAGUUGCAGCUCAUGUCAAACGACAAACCAACCCUAAAUUCUCAGCUCUACCACAUACCCCCGCCUCCGGUACAGGACUAGGAUGGAUCGGGUGGCACGAAAGCAGUCAGGAGGGAGCUUUCCCCUCACUGGACAGACAUGCAGAACCCUGUCUGCACUGAAGUCUCUCCUUAUUUGUAGGCCCUUGGGCUUGCUCGGGCAUCCUCUAUGACCCCUCCGGGGCCAGGGGAGUUACCCUCAGCUCUGCAGGGAACUGGGAGGGCACCAACACCUUC